AUGUUGAAUUCGACUUCUCUACUGCGAGGGGAGAGUUAAAAUAUAUCUUGUGGAGAUUCUAAUUGAUUUUAUUAAUAAAACACCAAUUACAGUCAAUAAGUGCACUGGAAAAAAUAGUGGCGCCGUUGGGAAGCAUUAAAAAAGCUGCGACACACAAUUAUUGACUUUUCUGACUCGGAGUAUGUCUGUAGUGCUUUGCAAGAUGAUGGAGAAAUUAUCGUUUAUUAAGAUGUUUGUGUGAAAUUGUGACUUUGAGGCCGAUAUUCUGGUGAAUCUGCCAAAAGCUCAUCAAAUCAGUGUCUUUGCUUUGAACUCCGUGGAGGUUUUCCACGCAUAAUUGCGUGCCUUUAACUAUCCUGGCAAUCACGGUCUGAGAAAAUUGUCUCUGCACUUGCUGUGUCUGCGCCUUGCGAGCCUUUUUAUUGGUGGUCGAUUAUUCUCUAUUUUCCGCUCGUCUCUUCGUUCCCGAUGAAACACAAACACAGAGUCGGCAGAAGCCUUAAAAAGUUGAAUGGCAAGAGGCGUAAUUUUAUAUUCCAUGCACUCUGAACGGAGUUCACGAGGCAGACAGAAACUCAUUUUCGCAAAAUCCGUGCAAUUUAUCUCACCAUUUAUUGAUUGCUCAUGUUGUGAAGUGCACAGGCUUAUCAAGUGCAGAAGUUGUGCAAAUUCCCUCCGCAAUUGCUUAAUCUUUCAGUGCGUUUUGCAACUCUGUUAUCAGCGGUCUGCAUUUUGCAGUGCAGCGCUGAGUGUAAAUCGAAAGUGAAUAUUAUUUAUUGCACACUGGGAAAGUAAAGUCUAAUAGUGUAAUUCGCUGAAAGGCGAGAUAAAUCAUUAAAAAAGUGAUUUUAAUUCUCUGAGUGGGUCAAUUAAAUGCAACAUUUGGAAGCUGUUGGAAGGAAAACCAUAAGCGCGAUUAAUUACAAUUACGAGUGAAGUCAUGUUUAAGACGAAGAUAAAGAGAAGGAAGAUGGGACUGGCAGGACCUCCUCUGAGGCGACGUGGCUACUAUUUCCUCUUCGUCAUCGUCGUCCUAGUGCCGCUGACAAUACUGUUUCUCAUCAUUGGACCAGAUCUCUCGGCGGAACAGACGCUGUCUCAGCGCGUGGCGGAGUUCCAGAUUCGACUGCAGUACCUGGAGUCGAUGUACAGGGCGAGGCAGGAGGAUGUGGCGAUCCUGUCUCAGUAUCUGGGCAUGUCCAAUGCCGCGAGUGGAGUUGGCGGAAGUGGAGGAGUGUCUGACAAUGCAAAUAUCACUCUCAACGGUGCCAUUCUGGAUGCGCUGAGCCCAGAGGCGAGGGCUAUUCUAAGGAAUAUGACUUCUGCCUCGAGAUUUCCAUCGACUCUCCGAAUGCCAACAGCUUUCCACUUCCUGCCACACCUUCUGGACGAUCCAACAUCACUGAGGCCGGCUUUCCUCAUGUCCAAGGGUCGCCAGAGUGUCUCUGUGGUGUUGGGCAUUCCCACCGUGAAGCGAGAGAAGCAAUCCUAUCUCCUUGGUACACUCCACAAUCUCAUAACCAAUAUGAACGAGGAGGAGCGCAACGAUACGAUGAUUCUCGUAUUCAUCGGCGAGACUGACAUUGAUUAUGUGCAGUUGGUGGCGAAGCAGAUCGAAGUGAGGUUCGGGAGCCAUGUCGAAAGUGGCCUAAUCGAAGUGUUCUCCCCGCCGGCGGCCUAUUAUCCCAAUCUGGAUACUCUCAGGCAGACUCUCAACGAUCCUCCAGAGCGAGUGAAGUGGCGUUCGAAGCAGAAUCUCGACUUUGGCUUUCUCAUGACGUACGCUCAGCUCAAGGGAACAUUUUAUGUACAGCUGGAGGAUGAUAUUCUGGCCAAGCGUGGCUUCAUCACGACCAUGAAGAAUUUUGCAUUGGAGAAAAGUGUACGGAAGGAUCCGUGGUUUGUGCUUGAUUUUUGUCAACUCGGCUUCAUUGGGAAACUCUUCAAAUCUGCUGAAUUGCCAUGGGUUAUCACCUUCAUCCAGAUGUUCUACAAUGAUAAGCCCGUGGAUUGGCUGUUGGAGCACUUAAUUUACACAAAGAUUUGCAACUGGGAGAAAGAUAUGAAACACUGCAAACAAGAGAAGGCCAAGCUUUGGAUUCACUACAAACCGUCGCUGUUCCAGCACAUCGGCACCACAUCGUCGCUGAAAGGAAAAGUGCAGAAGCUGAAGGACAAGCAGUUCGGGAAGAUUCCAACUUUCUAUUCGCACACCAAUCCAAAGGCUCAAGUCAGAAGUGCCAUAGUUGCAUACAAGACCCACACGCUUCAGCGGGCUUACGAUGGCGAGACCUUCUUCUGGGGCUUGCUGCCACAGCCCGGCGACUUGGUGGAGUUUAUCUUCCCUCGGCCAGUUGCGCUACGAAAAUAUCUCUUCCGGAGCGGAAACACGGAGCAUCCGUCGGAUAAGUUCUACAACACCACGAUUGAAAUAUUGCCUGCCGGACUGGACGAGGCGUCGCCCAUUUGGAGUACGUACAACACUACCACGGAUGGAUUCCUGAUUGUGGGGAGUUUCAGCAGUUUCGGCAUCGCUGAGGGCAUUCUCGAGCCCAAGAUUGGGAGAGUGAAGGAGAUUCGACUCCACGUUCACAGCGACAGUGAAAAUUGGGCCAUCCUCAGUGAGGAGUUUCACGUUACACGGGUGUAUUUUCACUAUCAAUGCGAUUGGAGGUCUAUUUGAGUUGAUUCAUCUCGAGGAGAGCAGUUCAAGAUGACCUAAAAUCAAAAGUGCGAAUUUAUGGCAAACAUUGCAGAAGAAUUUUUCUCUGCAUAAGGUUACGAACCCUUAAGAUUUUCCCAAAAUGAAAGGCUUCUUAGUGGCAUUAUUGAUUUUAGUAAGAGAGAGAGAGAAAGGAAGAAGAAAAGGAAAUAAUAAUACUAUAUGAAAAAUAACCUAUGAUUGCAACUGUGAUAACAAAUAUAUUUACGAUGUAAUAAUCGAUAGAAAAAACCCUCUAAUUAACCUAGUCUCAUGUGUAGGAGGAAAUUCAAUGAAUAUGUUGUAUUAUUUUUGGCUCCAUGCACACAAAAGUGUCACGUGGAAAUCUCAAUUCAGGAUCAUGUAUUUAUGAUAUUAGCAUUUUACUUGUGUAACGAUAUUAUCUGUAUAAUGAACAUUUCUUAGCAGCAAGGAAAUUGAUGUCCAUUCGUAAAAUUAUAUGAACAACGUUGUAAAAGUCUUGUUCACUGAUAAAAGGAUAGAUCAACGACCACUAUAUAGAACGAAUAUUGGUCACAAUUGCAUUAGUGUGAGAAGGAAUAUUUACUAAAUGUUUUAAAUAGAUAUUUUUGCAACAGCAAUAAAAAGCUAAUUGUGUAGUUAUAUCGAGCAUUUUAUCAAUGCAUUAAGAAACAUUGUGUAAUGUACUAAACAAAAAAAAUGCUUAACGGAGAGUCUCAGAUGUGAAUUUCCCCUUAUGAAGUAUUGAGAAAGUAAGGAAAUUGCAGAAUUCAAUGCAUUACAGUCAAAGUCAAGUAUUUUGUAAUUAAUUAUAUACAAAAGAAAAACCAAACAGCUACAUAUUUAAUGUGUCAAGUAAUUUCUGUAGUGAUAUUGUUUAGAUGUAUUUCAGUGAGUGCGAAACGGGAUGAUGUAAGAAUGAUUGUGAUUUGUCCAAACACAACCAAAAGGCAGAUUUGAAGGAAUGAAUUAAAUUGAGAAAUUGUAAAAGUGAAA